CUACCCUUUUCAGGCAACUGAGUUCGUUCCACUUUCGUAAUAGUGCACCUUUCUCAUUUAGUACAGUUUUGUCUCUAGUGUACAACUUAAAAUCAUAACAUAAUGAAAAUUGUAAGAACAAAGCACAAUUAAUUUAAUACGCAAAAAUUUGCUUCAUCCCAGUGGUUGGAAUGAGGGCCAGAUUUUUUCCUCAUGGAAGGGCAAAAGCUAGGCUACCAUUUUGGCACACUUUGGUCAAGUGAACAAAUUAGCCUUAUGGUCAAAACCUCCGAAUGGACUUCCGGGUCAAAUUUGGUGUGCAAUAUUAUAAAAAUCGUAGUACACAACAUGCCCGAGGGCACUCUCUCAAAACAAUGCACUAUGCACCCGCCGGCGAUUGAGAGACUGGUCGAGGGUGCCGUAUUCAGCACCUUUGCUGAAUUCACAGAGUUGUUCGACAAGUACAAAUCAGACACAAAUAGUGUAUUUGUUUCCAAGCAUGCAACAAAAGUCUCUUCGGCAAACAAGAGGGUAAUGACUGCCGAAAAAAAAUAUCGAGAUGAAUGGGUGUACAGGAGCAUCCAGUUCCAGUGCAAGCAUUUUGGUGACUAUGAAUCCCAAAGCAAGGGUUCCAGACCUAAUCAAGCAACUUUCAAGAUGGGUUGUAGGGCCAAACUUCGCUUAUUUGCUAAGAAAGAAAACAAUGGACUUGUGCUGACCGAGGUCCAUUUAGAGCACAGCAACCAUCCUGGCAUUCAAUCUGUACAUGAUGCUCUCUUUAUCCCGAGCUGAGGCAGCUGACAGAUGAACAGCUAAGUGAGCUGCAUGACUUACUUGUACUGAAAGUUCCAGCACAGAAAAUAGUGCAACAUAUAAACACAAAGUAUGACAUUGAUGUAACAGCACAGGACGUCCACAAUCAUCGAAGACGUCUUAAAGACAAGCAAGCUUCGGGAAUGACGGAGGAUGAGCUAACCAGAAGACUAUUCAGUGAUAUUACUAGAGAUGAUCCUGGCUCAACUGUUGAUGUUAUAUGUGAUGUAAACAACUUUGCCAAUGUCAUUUUUUUUCAGACUUCUCAAAUGAAGCAAAUAUUCUGCAAAUAUCCUAAAGUGUUAUUUAUUGACACGACAUACAAGGUUAAUCGAAGGGAAAUGCCGCUCUUCAAUAUCAUGGUCGUUGAUGGCAAUAGGAAUGGUCAAGCAGUUGGCCACGGUCUAAUCAUUAACGAAACCAAGGAAACCUUAAAAGCUCUACUGGAAAAAUUUGUGUUGCACAAUGCCGUUUGUAGACAAGUUAAAACUGUCAUUGUUGACAAAGAUUUCUCUGAAAUUAAUUCUGUACGCCAGUGUCUUCCAGAGGCUGAUAUUGUUUUAUGUAAAUUCCAUGUAAUCCAGGCAUUCCAAAA